GCAAAGGGGACUGCAGAGAUGCUGUAUAGCAGUGCAGGGAGGCUGCAACAAGUGUGUGAAAGCUGCUUCAGACUUUGUAGUAGAUUGUAUAUAGUCCCCAGCACCCCAUGGUUGCAGAGGAGGUUGCAUGUGGCCCCUAGCACCCAAGGGUGGCACAAGAGAUUGCAGGUGGCCCCUGGCACCAAAAAUUGUCAGAGGGCUCCUAUGGGAUAUGACAGAGUAUUGGGGACAGGGUGGAAAACCAGCUUAUCCUGCAGAAGGUCAGGCAGCUCCAAAGCAGGCAAUGUGCUCAAUGUGUUUGACAGACAGAUGAAGAGAAGACAGAAGGACUGGGCAGUAUCCCAGCCAGGGGCCCAUCAGUGCGACUAUCUGAGAGAAGAGGUAGGAGAAAGAAUUGCUGAUCGAGUGUUUGAUAUCGCAAGGACAUUUCCUUUUGCUUUAGAUCUCGGAAGUGGAAGGGGUUAUAUUUCACAGCAUUUAACAAAGGAUAUCGUAGAGAGAUUUGUCCACACAGACCUGUCUGAGAAGGCUUUGAGAAAUCUGGCGGUGUCUGAAAUUCCAUCCGUGAGAGUUGUUGUCGAUGAAGAAUUCAUCCCUUUUAAAGAUAACACGUUUGACCUUGUCGUCAGCAGUCUGAGCUUGCACUGGGUCAAUGAUCUCCCACGAGCUUUCCAAGAGAUACAUCGUAUCUUAAAACCCGAUGGAGUGUUUAUUGGCGCCAUGUACGGAGGCGAGACCUUGUAUGAACUGCGCUGCUCUUUACAACUGGCAGAGAUAGAAAGAGAAGGAGGAUUUUCGCCCCACGUAUCUCCACUCACUGCAGUCACUGACCUGGGAAACCUAAUGGGACGCGCCGGCUUUAACAUGCUGACUGUGGAUGCAGAGGAAAUCCAGAUUCACUAUCCAGGGAUGUUUGAAGUGAUGAAAGAUUUGCAAGGUAUGGGGGAGAGUAACUGCGCAUGGAACAGAAGAUCUUUGCUUCACAGGGAUUCAAUGAUAGCGGCCGCUGCCAUAUAUCAAGACAUGUACGGAGAGGAGGAUGGGACAGUGCCGGCAACCUUUCAGGUUUAUUAUAUGAUUGGUUGGAAGCCACAUGAGUCACAGGCCAAGCCAGCCAAGAGGGGUUCUGCGAAUGUAUCUUUUGGGGAUUUGCAAAAAGUGAAGGAGACGGUAUCUGAAACAAGAACAGAAGAAAAAUAGUCACGCUUGCCUUUCCUUCCCAGCGUUCAGGUUAAGAAAAAGAAGCUUCAAUUCAUGAAGUAUUUAUUUUCUAUGAAAAUAAAGUAAAUUAAGAAUUUUUGUUUUUUUGAAAAAAGCUUUAUUUGUACGUCAGAAUGUUUUUCAGAUAAAAUGGCAGAUUUAUCAAAAUUUGAAAAGUAAAUACUGUUCUUCUUUGCAAAUGUUGCUCUCGAAAGAUGUUGCUAACCAAUUAUUGACUUGCCUAUUUAUCAGUCACGGGACUAAUUUAAUUACAUUUCUCAACCUAGAAAACAGUCAAAAUUUUUGGCAAUUUGCGCUUUUUUUUCCCUGAUGGAGUUUAACGAGACUGACUCGUUCCAACUGCGUGUGGGGAUGCAUCAAUUGUUCAUCUAAAACACGUGUUGAUGUUUUCAUUGGUGUGAAUGGAUCUGAGCAGGUUUCAGCUGACAAAUUGUUUUUGUUGCCAAAAUACUGCAACAAUACCAGAAAAACAAAAAUAAAAUCAAUUUGUGCAAA